AGAGAGAGAGAGAGAGAGAGAGAGAGAGAAAGUUCUUCCUACAGUGAAAAGGACGAGUGAGAAGAAACUAGCGAAAACCAGCACGCGAACUCCACGGCGUCCUCUGGUUUUGAUCUGGGUCAGCGGAAUCUUCCUUUAUAAAUGCUCUUCUGUGGAGAUUCCACCCUUCAAAGUUAAAAAUUUUCCGACUCUCUUCUUCAAGCUCCCUCCCUCUCUAUCUCUGCUGUUGAAUGGGUUCGAUUCCUGCUUUCUCUUCCGUCCCUGCCGUGAAGUCCUCGCUCGCGCCGGAGCCUCGCGAUCGCGCGGCCAUCAAUCCCGGGAAGCUCGACGGGGCCGCGUGCUUCGGGUCGCCCAUGGGCGCCACCGGGGGGUCGGCCGGCGUUUCGGAUACGACGAAGAAGAAGAUUGUGACCGGCGACUUCGGUUACGUCCUCGAAGACGUCCCUCAUUUGUCUGACUACAUUCCUAAUCUCCCUACUUAUCCUAACCCGUUACAAGACAAUCCUUCAUAUUCAGUUGUGAAGCAGUAUUUUGUCCAUGUCGAUGACACCGUGCCCCAAAAGGUUGUCGUCCACAAGGACAGUCCAAGAGGAGUACAUUUCCGACGGGCAGGGCCGCGUCAACAGGUGUAUUUUGAGUCCGAUGAUGUUCAUGCGUGUAUUGUGACAUGUGGAGGUCUCUGUCCGGGGCUCAACACGGUGAUCAGGGAAAUUGUUUGCGGGUUGUACAAUAUGUACGGUGUCAAGAGAGUUCUCGGCAUAGAGGGUGGCUACAGGGGUUUCUAUGCUCGAAAUACAGUUCCUUUGACUCCAAAGGUCGUAAAUGAUAUCCACAAACGUGGAGGAACCAUCCUUGGUACUUCACGCGGUGGUCAUGAUACAAAAAAGAUAGUCGACAGCAUCCAAGAUAGGGGAAUCAACCAGGUCUAUAUAAUCGGGGGUGAUGGAAGUCAGAGAGGGGCAUCUGUGAUAUUCGAGGAAAUUAGAAGACGAGGUCUGAAAGUAGCGGUGGCCGGUAUCCCCAAGACCAUUGAUAAUGACAUACCAGUUAUUGACAGGUCUUUUGGCUUCAACACUGCCGUUGAGGAGGCUCAGCGUGCGAUCAAUGCUGCCCAUGUUGAAGCUGAGAGUGUCGAGAAUGGUAUUGGUGUAGUAAAGCUGAUGGGCCGCUAUAGCGGAUUCAUUGCAAUGUAUGCCACUCUUGCAAGCCGCGACGUGGACUGUUGCUUGAUUCCAGAGUCGCCCUUUUACCUCGAAGGUGCUGGUGGGCUUUUCGAGUACAUAGACAAACGACUGAAGGAAAAUGGACACAUGGUUAUUGUGAUGGCCGAAGGCGCGGGACAAGAACUCAUGUCCAAGAGCAUCCAAUCCCUGGACAAUCAUAAGGAUGCUUCUGGCAACAAGCUCCUCCAAGACGUUGGCCUCUGGAUCUCCCAGAGCAUUAAGGAUCAUUUUUCCCAACGGGGUAAGAUGGCCAUAAACCUCAAAUACAUAGACCCUACGUAUAUGAUCCGUGCUGUACCAAGCAUCGCCUCUGACAAUGUUUACUGCACCCUUCUCGCUCAAAGCGCGGUUCACGGAACAAUGGCCGGCUACACAGGCUUCACUGUUGGACUCGUCAAUGGAAGACAAACCUACAUACCUUUUUAUAGAAUUACAGAGAAGCAGAACAAUGUCGUGAUAACCGAUCGGAUGUGGGCGAGGCUCUUGUCUUCGACCAACCAGCCUAGCUUCUGGAGCCCCAAAGACGUGAUCGAGCACAAAAGAGAAGAAGAGCCGCCGGCGGAGUUGCUGGAUGACCAAAACUUCAUCAAGGACGACUUGGUCGGCAUCGGGAAAGAGACCGGUUAAAGCUAUGCCGAUAAUUCAGCGAGCACGUAUAUUAAUUUGUCUGUAAUACAUUGAUUGCCAACUCCAACUCGUCAGUUUGUAAAUAGUUAUACACGAUGUCGUAGUCGGUGCUUGCUCGGUGUAAUUUCUUAGCGAUUGAGUCGCAAUGAAGUGAUAUCUCGCGAAUCCUCUAAUUCCUGAAA